CUCAAUGUUUUCCCUUUGAUUUCAGAUUCAAGGUGUUGCUUUUGCUUUUUUCCUGAUGCUUUGUGCAACCAACAAUCUGUAUCGGAUGGCCCAGGGUCUCGACGAUUUCAGGAGAGAAACUGUCAUGGAACGCCGACUGCUCGUCGUGAGGAGAGAUGCUGAAGCACGAAUGUCAUCAAAUUUGAGACAGCUAUCGCCUGCUUCUUACACCGACGAAGGGCUCAGUUCGGGCCAGAACGCUACACAACAGCUGUCGCCGAACGCAUCAAAUAAGGCUGCUGGUUCUUCGAGAGUACCGAAUACGAACAGAAACGACGAUAUCGAUGAAUCGCCCCUGAGGCGAAGGAGACGCAGCAUCAACAUUCACCAGUCACUCGUGCGGAGCAAUGAAGAUGAUCAGGAAGCACAUGAGAGGCCAGAAAUAACUGCUGAGGAUACUGGCGUUACCGGAGAGCGAGGCUCGGAUUCGCAACAGACACUCCACACUCCACCGAGCAUCUCCUCGAAGACGGCGAAUGAGACAGAAGCAGCUCCCGAUGAUCAUGUUGACCCGGACCCAGAGUGGGAGAUUCAGUACUCUGUCUGGGAAGAACAGCUGAUUCGGGACUUGGAAUACAUCACACCUGAUGCAGCCGACAAAGCGGCUAGUUCACCACACAAUGCGUUAUGAGCAGUAAAUUCUGAGUGAAAUGACUGGUGUUAACAGCUCAGUAUUGCCAACUGUGCGCUACAUAUGAUUAUGGCUGGUAAUGCAUGCAAUGCCACUGUAGGUAAAUGUUGAUCUUACAAACAGGGGACCGCUGCUUGCUUGGAAUAACGCUAGUUAGAUAAGAUAUCAAAUCAUGUGCAGUAUUCGCUAUUUAUUAAUACAUCUUCCAUUGG